AUGUUGACUGGUAUUGAUGAUGCUGCUACUUUCAACUGCUUUUCCAGGUUUGCGUUGGUCGGUCUACAGACAAGCUCACUUACUAGCAGCCACACAAGCACACCUGGCACAGAAUGCUGUGGGAGCACUGAGAGGUAAAUUUUAUAUAUGGUAUAAUUACAGACUCUAAAUGUAUGAUGUAUUUAUUAUCAUAGCUAGCUGUUAUUGUAAAUGUCAUGUACUUAGUGUGAUGUUGUUUUCAUCAUCAAUGUAUUACUCUUCUGACUUAUUAUUAUUGCCAUUUAUAUAGAGCCAAGAGAUUCCGUAGCAUUUUACAAUAUUAUGAGAGGGGGAUUUAACUAUAAAAAGGACUAUUAAAUGAAAACUUACAGGAACAUUAGGGUGAAGAGGACCCUGCUUAAACGAGCUUACAGUCUAUAGGAGGUGGGGUGUAAAACACAAUAGGACAGGAAAUUGCAAUCAAAUAAGGUGGGAGUGAAGAAGAGCUGGAGGAGAGAGUAGAGUGCUGUCCUUUAGGAGAGAGCAAAAGAGGUAGAGGUUACUCUGGGAGGCCAUAAGCUUUCCUAAAGAGAUGGGUUUUAAGGCACUUUUUGAACGAUUGAAGACUAGGGGAGAGUCUGAUGGCGGUAGGCAGGCUAUUACAUAGGAAGGGAGCCCGCGAGAAGUCUUGCAAGCGUGAGUUGGCCGUACGGGUGCGAACAACGGACAGGAGAAGGUAAUGGGCAGAGCAGAGAGACCGAGAAGGGGCAUACCUAUGGAUCUGUGAAGAGAUAUAAGAGGGGCUAGAAUUGCUCAGUGCUUUAUUGGUGUGAAUUAGUACCUUGAAUUGACUCCUAUAGGAUACAGGAAACCAAUGUAAGGACUGACAGAGGGGUGAGGUGAGAGAGAACCGACUAGAGAGGAAAAUCAGUCUGGCGGCAGCAUUUAUUACAGACUAUAGAGGUGUAAUACGGCUUUUGGGAAGACCAAUCAGGAGAGGGUUACAGUAAUCCAUUAAUUACUACAGCUUGGACAAGCUCCUUGGUAGCAUCUUGCGUAAGAAAGGGGCGGAUGUGGGCUAUGUUUUUAAGAUUGAAUCUACAGGAUUUGGCAACAUACUGGAUGUGAGGCUCAAAGAUGAGGCCAGAAUCAAGUAUGACACCAAGACAGCAAGCUUGCAAGGAUGGACUUAUGUGGAUACCAAUAACUUGAAGGGAGAGUGAAAGAGGAGGAUCAGUAUUAGGAGGAGGAAAGACAAGGAGCUCAGUUUUAGUUAGAUUGAGUUUCAGAAAGCUGGAGGACACCCAGUCAGAGAUGGAAGAAAGGCAAGUAGUGACACGUUGCAGGACGGCAAGAGAGAGGUACGGGGAGGAGAGCUAUAUCUGGGUGUCAUCAGCGUACAGGUGGUAGUGCAAUCCAAAUGAGGUAAUACGUUUGCCAAGAGAGUCAGUAUAAAGAUAUAAUAGAAGGGGACCAAGAACAGAGCCUUGGGGGACUCCAACUGAGACAGGACAAAGGGAGGAGGUAUCAUUAGAAAAGGAGACACUGAAUGAGCGUUGGGAGAGAUAAGAGGAGAACCACGAGAGGACAGAGUCAUCAGAGACAGAGUGAUUGAAGAGUUUGAAGAAGGAGAGCAUGAUCAAUGGUGUCAAAGGCAGCAGGGAGGUCAGGAAGAAUUAGUAUGGAGUAGUGGCCUUUGGUUUUAGCUGCGAUUAAGUUGUUAGUAACUUUGAUAAGUGCAGUCUUAGUAGAGUGGAGAGGGCAGAAGCCAGAUUCAAGAGGGUCAAGGAGAGAGUUUGAAUUGAGGAAGUGAGGCACACGGGUAAAGACAAGUCUUUCCAGAAGCUUUGAGGAAAAAGGGAACAGGGAUAUAGGAUGAUAAUUAGAGGGGGAGGACGUGUCAAGAGAUAUUUUUUUCAGUAUAGGUACUACAGUGGCAUGUUUAAGGUCAUCACAGACAACACCAGAAGAGAGAGAGCAGUUGAAGAUGUGUGUUAAGAAAGACACAAAAAAGUGGAAAGAGAUCUGAUAAGGUGAGACGGGACAGGAUCGAGCAGGCAAGUGGUGGGGCGAGAGGAAAGGAGAAGCACAGCCACCUCUUGUUCAGUAGAUGGGGAGAAAGUCUGAAGGGUAGGAAAGGCAUGAUCUACGUGUGGUUGAGAAAGAGAAUGGCAUGGAGGGGAGAAUUCUUUCCUUAGCUGUUUAAUCUUGUCGGUAAAGUAACAUGCAAAGCUAUCGGCAGUAAGGUUAGUUUGGGGGGUGGCCACAGCAGGGCGAAGAAGAGAAUUAAAGGUGUCAAAGAGACGCCUGGGAUUGCAGGAGAAUGAACUAAUGAGACAGGAAAAGUAUGAUUGUUUGGCGAGGGCAAGGGCUGCGCUGUAUGAACACAAUAUGAAUCGAUAAUGGAGAAAGUCUGACUGGGUGCGAAACGUCCUCCAGAAGCGUUCAGCACAACAGGAGCAUCUUUACAGGUAGUGUUUUGAUUUAGUAUGGCAUGGUAUUCACUAAGUUUGUAUACUAUGAUAACUUCAAUAAUAAAAAAAAAAAAGGUAGGAUCUGUUUAUUCAGUGGUCAAUGAGGACAUUUCUCCAGUUCCCACACUCUGAAGAAUUCUUAAAAUAAUGAUAAGGUCCCCACAAAGAAAAGGGGACAAGGUUAUAGGAUGGGAAAAAAUUACAAAAAUGGGGUGUCUUCAAAGGAUUUCAACCCCUUUCCCCAAAACUUGUAUAUAUAAAAUUAUAUAUGUAGGGUGUUACGAACUGAACCUCGUCACAGGUCCUUGAAGGGGCAUACUAGCCAACCUCCUACCCUGUGACUAUGGCCCCUGUGUUAAACCCUGUUUGAAAACACUAUUUGUGCCUGUUAGGACUGGUAACAGGAACCAUUCGAACUUUCGAAGUCGCACUUCGAACUGACGAACUCCCAAAGCCAUUAGAAGUGCCAUUCGAACACAUGGUGGUGACCAUUUUGUUCACAUAGACCAAAACCGUGAAUAGACUUCAGGGGGACUUAGCCGCGAAUGACCUGGAACUAUUUUCGGCAUGAAAACUUUGCGGUUCCCGGUCGGUUCCCCUGCGUCACUUAGCUGCGAUUCCAUGGGACCAUGCCUGCGGUCUAUAAAAACUAUGACUUCCAUAAAAUUUCUAAACUUUAUGGGGAUUUUAUGUGUUUUUAAGGUAUUUUGGGGGUUUUGUAAAAACGUGUUUUUUGUGUUUGGAGAUAAUUGAGUUUAGUAUAGUUUAUUGUAUUAUAUGUGGGAGUGUCAUGCAUAAUCACUGUUCUUAUUGGUUUGUCAGUUUCUGUCCCUGAUCCCAACAAGGUCCAUGUGGGUGUCACCCUUGCAUGGGGACUUGCAUAAAAGGCCAGUGUGGCUACCAUUAAACCAGUCCUGCAUUACCCUCAACAUAGAGCCUCGCCUCAUGUUUGUAGGGACCUGCUAUACAAGCUAUAACCACUAGCUCUUGUAAGAGCUUCACAGCUAUACCUGCUAUACUCUCUUGGAGGAGAGGCCUUCCUACUGGGAGCUGGAUCCAGGAGUUUGGUCCAGGAUGGGAAGGGACGGCGAGACCCGCAGCCAAGCUACAGCAGCUAGGGGGCUACAGUGCUGAUGGUGUCUGGUGGAGUGCUUGUAGUCCUCAGUGAGCACUAGGAGCAUCGACUGACGGAGGCACCCGGGCAGGGUGGCAGGCGGUCCGUCACAUAGGGCAAGAGAAAACAUUUGAUUUCCAUGAUAUAAAAGAGACAACAGAACAACUGUAUGGGGUGUGUCCCUUAUACACUGAUUUUAAACCUCAGUCUAUAAGGGAAACAUACCAUCUAAAACAUUUCAAUAAAUCUUUCGUCUUAGACAGCAUACUUUGAAAAAUAUGGACAUGUUUUAAUUUUUAACAAGCAUGACGUAUUGUAAAAAUGUGAAAAUACUUUCUGCAAAGUUACUGUGAUUUAUUAUAUAGUAUUGUUCUAAGGAGAACGGAAUCUUGCUUAAAAUUCAUUUUUCUAUAGUUUUAGAACGAGCAGCACAGUACUUAUACUAUGUAGUUUUGUUAAAUAUUAUUUGUUUAGUUUGUAAAUGAUCCUUUUAUAAUUGUCAUUAAGGAGCUGGUCGUUAUUUUUGUGGAUAUUCUUUAAGUGGUGUUAGCCUUUGGGCCCACGCAUGUUUACAGAUGGAAGAAGAAUUUGCAGCUGCACUAGAAGAAUGCAGUGAGAAGAGGCUAUAAAUAAGUGGACAUUUGUGUAGCCCUUUUCACAUCUUUCUCACUCCCAGCUGAUUAUACUGUGACACUGCACAGAAGUAUAAAUCAAAACAGACGGUUCUUUUGCAUUUGAUCUGGAUAUAAGUCAGUUCUAAAUAGAUAAGUAUUAAUAAUAGCCACUUAUUUAUAGCUUUUUAAAAGCUUUGUUAAAUAAAAUGCUUUAGACUUGAUUAAGGUAGGAACUCUCAAAAGGGUGUCACUACAAAUUUCUGUUAGUCCAAUAAAAAAAUGUAUUCAUCUACAUAACAUAACUAUGGCAUCUUAAAUAUCAUAAUCAAAUAAUUAAAUAUACAUUUUUUUUUGUUUUUACUGAAAAACAUGCUACAUUAGUUAUACAAUCUAAAUUAAGUUGUUAUUGUGCCUGGAGGUCCCAGCAGGCAAUCUUACCUCAUAAGUUGCCUCCAGCGGCAUUGUCCACUCUCCCCCAGGCCGCAUUAAGCUUUAGAAAUUUCAGGAAGCACGGAGUGUCGCUGAGCAGGGGCACCUCUGAUUAGCUGAGAGAGCUCGACUGAUGCUGUUAAUCCCCAUUCACAAAACUGCAGUUUUUAAUAUGUGUUAUGAUUGUGCAACAUGAUAGUAUAAAUAAAAUGUUUAAGUGUAAAAAAUUGUGACAUCUACCCAAUCUAAGAAUAAUUAAAAAGAUCCAUUAGAGAAAUAGAUAUAUAGACCAACAGACAGAUAGACGGACAUGUAGAUAAACAGAUAGAUGCAAUUCAGUUGCCACAUGUCUUAUGUUCCAAUAUAUGGUAAAAAUUCCAGCGAUACUGAGUUUCCCACAAGAUCAACAAGGGCAUGACCUCAGACAGGAGAGAGAGCAACAUGGCCAAUGGGGAACUGAAAGAUCUCCCUCACCGGUCAUCCCAUUCUCUGGGUAAAUGACCAGUGACCGAUGGUCUUCAAGUGAUAAAGGCCUCUGUGUAGGUAGAAAUGUUGCACUUUUUGUUCCAAUAAACCUGCCUUCCUGCAGCAAUCCUGAGUGCCUGGACCUAAUUUAUUUUAUCUACUAAACUGGCCCCUAUCUAUAAACCCUGGCCCUGAUAAGCACCUGGAUUCCUAAGUGUGAGUACGGUAUCCUCUGUUUGUGAAUUACUACAGUUAUUUGUUUCUCCCAGCGCCAAGUGCAAGGAGACACAAGAGGAAACACACUCUUGGUUGCAGGGCUCGCUUCCAAUUCUUUGUGUUUGUGUGGAUGAGGUUUCAAAGCUAAUCUUCUUUCCUAUUGUAAAGCACAAUUUUACCUCUCACUUUAUCCUACCUAUGAAUCUAUGAGUGUGUGUAUUUGCGUAUCUGUGAGUGUGUGUGUCUGUAUGUGCGUAUAUGUAAAAAUGUGCCAGUACGUGAAUGUGCAUAUCUGUGAGGGUGUGCCUGCCCAUAUGUGUGUAUUCAUGAAGGCAUGUAUGAAUAUGAGGGUAUGUUUGUCUGUGAGUGUAUUUUUGUAAUUGUGUGUGUAUCUUAAUGCAUAUACCUGUGAAUACCAGUGAAUAUUUGACUCUGUGUAUGUCUGUAUGUGUGUGUGUUUUAUGUAUGUAUCUGUGUGAACCCAUCUGUAUGUGUACAUGUGUAAGUGUGUGACACACAACCCCACAAGCAGCAUCCCCAGAAACAAGAAACACCACAAGUAGCCUGUCCUCACACAUGCAACACCACAAGUGGUCACCCCCACAAAGACAACCCCACAACCAGCAUCCACAGAAGCAUACUACACAUGCACGCUCUCCUAGCCUUGUUCAACAAGCCUCCUAAUCACAUACACCAUCCAAUCAUGGAAUAGUCUGAUUCACCAAUCACAUGCCUCAAACUUGUCACAUUCACCUAUCCAAUCACAUACAAAAAGAUUUUGUGGGGUGAUACAUGUUUGUGUGUCAAGGAGGAAGUGGAUAUAUGUCAUAUUUCUAAGUACUGAAUAAAAAGGUAUGGGUAUGACAUCAUGACUGCUGUUGCCUAUAAAGCAGGAUUAGAGAGAUUUCACCAAACUUGAUGAACAAGAGAAUGAUUACCUGGAAUUCAAAGGCGCUGAGCCCAGUAACACUUGGAUCAUAUUGCAGCUGCGUUCUUUGUGAGCCCUGUUAUUAAACCCCUUGGAAUAUAACACAAGGGGAAUGUGGACUGUUAGCCAGCUAUCCAUGUAUCCAAUGUCUUUACACUAAGCAUUUACUCCCACACAUAAGCCCAUGAUGCAUGUACCUGUAUCCUGCAGCUCCAUUCGAACAGUCUUACCACAACACCUAUGUUUCAGUCUUACCAGCAGCAAAUAGCAAGCGUGUGAAAAUAAUGGGCCUUCGCAGUAUCAUCAUUACAAGUACAUUAUGUGUGGGCUGCUACAUUGUUAAGAGCUUUUUAUUUUAAACUUCUUCUCAUCUGUUUGCCAUUAUUAGAAGAAACGAGAAACCGUAGGGGAUGGAAGAGUGGCAGAGGGUAAUUAUAUAUUUUAAAUAGAGGUAUUCUUCAUUGGUGAUUACAAUGGCAUUUAGAUAACAGCUAUUCAGACAGCAACAUGGACUGUGUUUACUACCAGGAGACUAUCUAUCUUUUAGAAAGCGUUAGGCUCUUUUUUAACCCCUUCAGAUUAGUACCUGCACUCAAAGCACCAAAAUAAUUCAAGCUCAUUGUUGUGGUUAUGACGUUAGAGGGGUAUAGGCAGUGCCUUCCUGCUUGUAAAAAAAACCAUUUUAAAGCAGUUUGACUGAUUUUUGGGGUUUCCCUGGUACCCUCCACUGCUGCUAAUAAGAAAAUAGAAUUCUGUAUAAGUCCAUCCAACUUACAACAAUGGGCAGAGAACAAUGCACUAACAUCCCUAUUGGUGUCAAUACUAGGUAGAGAACACUGGGCUGACCUAUCCCCAGAACUCAGCCCAUCAUUACUUCCAAAAGUACAAAUGGCUAGUGAUUAUGGUGCCUAGAGUGAUCCUUAUAUCUACCACAAAGGAUGUAAAGUAAUUAUAAUGAACAUAGUGAGACAGUAAAGUUGUAUACACAUGCAGACCAACAACACUAUGGUCUCUAGCUACUUCACCUGUUAUUAGUACCGUCUUCAUUUGCACUUAGUGUUUCACUUUGUUGCUUUUGCUUAUGAAAGGGUUAAAGUUAUGAAUGGCGUAACUAUGGUUUUUGCAUUCCUUCUUUGUCUGAAAAAAUUCCGCUUAGUUAGAUUUAAAAAAAUAAAUAAAACAAAGCCCAGAAAUAAUAAAAAAAUCAACAGAAAGGAUAAAAAAAAUUCACAUGCUUGAGUGCCAUCCUUAAUUACAUUUAUAGCAUAACAUUUAUAUAAAGUUUAAAAAAACUAUUUAGAUGGUAUGACAAUGGAGAGUGGAGAGACGUAGACAUCCCAUCAAUAAAUGGCAGAGAAGACCAAAAGGGUGAGACCACUCUAGAUAGAUUGUUGCAAUUCAAGGCUACUUUAUCUUUCAUGCUCGUGAUUGCUGUAUUUAUUUAUUUAUUUAUUUACAUCUUUAUGUUUAUUGUACCAGAUCUGCUGUAUUAGAUUUCUGUUUGGAUUUCUACAUGCUUUAAGAUGAAACGAGAGGCAGCUGUUGAAAGGAAGAAUUGAUAUUUGAUGUGUUUAUACCCAUUGGGGAUGAUGAGUUACAUUUUACCAGUACUCUUGAGCGUGUAGAUAAAAUAAAUGUUUCUGUAAUGGCUUGAGCUAUUACUCUACGAGUGCUGUUCUAUAUAUUUCAUUUUCUAGUGUUUGUUAUACCUUCUAUCCUUACUCUCAUUUGUAUAUGAAGAAAUUAUAGCUGGUCAGUAAAAUUAGUGCAUCUGGCAACCCUAACCUAACAACAAAUCAUUUUCAAUUAUUUUUUUCCACCCAUACAAACACAGAAUACUGGUCAUUCUUAUGCCCUACACACCCAAUGUUAAAUAAUAUUUGGAAUAGUUUGUAACCUUUCACCAUACUAUAAAUGUAUUAGUAUAGAAGCAGGAACACUAUUUUUGUCACACACAACAAUGAAAUAAAUUACAUAAAUAAAAAUGCUAAAAUAUACGGCUUUAAUGUAUCCCAAAAAAUCCUCCCCAAAACGCCACCCGAAUUCAUAAGCAGUAUCUGAAUGUGGCCAUAACGCUCACAUACACCAACUAGCUGCCUUGCUAAAAUACAGCGUUUGAGCAUAUUCACUUAACAUCCACAACAUUAACACCACUGACAGGUGAAGUGAAUAACAUUAUAUCAUUAUGAUGACACCUGUCAAGGGGUGGGAUAUAUUAGGUAGCAGGUGAACAGUCAGUUCUUGAAUUGCAUGUGUUGGAAGCAGGAAAAAUGGGCAAGUGUAAAGAUUUGAGUGAAUUUGACUAGGGCCAAAUACUGAUGGCUAGACAACUGGGUCAGAGUAUCUCCAAAACUACCAGUCUUGUGGGGUGUUCCUGGUAUGCAGUGGUGCAAGGCAGGAAAACUGGUGAACCUGCGUCAGGGUCAUGGGCAACCAAGGCUCAUUAAUGCACGUGGGGAGUGAAGUCUAGCCUGUCUGGUCCAAUCACAUAGAAGAGCUAAUGUAGCUCAAACUGCUGAAUAACCUAAUCCUGGCCAUGAUAGAAGUUUGUACAUCUCAGUUUGCUGCAUAUGGGGCUGCAUAGCCACAGACCAGUCAGAGUGUCCAUGAUGACCCCUGUCCACCGCCAAAAGUGCCUUCAAUGGGGAAGUUAGCAUCAGAGUUGGAUCAUGGAGCAAUGGAAGAAUGGUAUGAUGAAUCACAGUUUCUUUUAGAUCAGGUGGAUGGCCAGGUGUGUAUGUAAUUUACCUGGGGAAGAGAUGGCAACAGAAUGCAAUAUGGGAAGAAGGCAGGCCGGCGGAGGCAGUGUUAUCCUCUGGGAAAUGUUCUACAGGGAAACAUUGGGUCCUGGCAUUCAUGUGGAUGUUACUUUGACACGUACCACAAACCUAGAGAUUGUUGCAGACCACGUACACCCUUUCAUGGCAGUGGUGCUCCCUGAUGGCAGUAGCCUCUAUAUGUAAUAUAUAAAUAUAAACAAAAUUCUACUGCCCCUCUUUUUCCCUCUAAUGUUUACUUCUUCUCAUAUGAUCUGUGAACCAAACUGUGGGAAAAUGCACAAAUAUUUAUUAAGUUCUCUUUAAUAUUUUUAUUAGUGAUAUUGCAGAAGGUCUUGAUGGUAAGGUAUGUCUUUUUGCUUAUGAUACCAAGAUACCAAGUAACAGGGAUAAGCCAAAUGGCAUAUGAUUUAGGUAAACUAGAAAAAUGGUCAGAGUUGUGGCAACUGACAUUUAAUGUGGAUAAGUACAAGGUAAUGCAUCUUGGAUGUAAAAACCCAAGGCAAAGUAAAGAAUAUUUGAUACCCUACUAAACUCAACAUCUGAGGAAAGGGAUUUAGGGGGUAAUUAUUUCAGGUGAUUUAAAGGUAGGCAGACAAUGUAAUAUAGAAAAACAAGAAAUGCUAACAGAAUGCUUGGUUGUAUAGGGAGAGGUAUUAGCAGUAGAAAGAGGGAAGUGCUCAUGCCAUUGUACAGAAUACUGGUGAGACCUCACGCAGUACUGGAUACCGUAUCUCCAGAAGGAUAUUGACACUUUAGAGAGAGUUCAGAGAAGGGCUACUAACCUGGUUUAUGGAUUGCAGAAUAAAAUUACCAGGAAAGGUUAAAGGAUCUUAACAUGUAUAUCUUGGAGGAAAGACAAGACAGGGGGGAUAUGAUAGAAACAUUUAAAUGCAUAAAGGGAAUCAACAGAGUAAAGGAGGAGACUAUAUUUAAAAGAAGAAAAACUACCACAACAAGAGGACAUAGUCUUAAAUUAGAGGGGCAAAGGUUUAAAAAUAAUAUCAGGAAGUAUUACUUUACUGAGAGGGUAGUCUAUGCAUGGAAUAGCCUUCCAGCUAACGUGGUAGAGGUUAACACAGUGAAGGAGUUUAAGCACUUGUGGGAUAGGCAUAAGGCUAUCCUAACUAUAAGAUAAGACUAGGGACUAAUGAAAGUAUUUAGAAUAUUGGGCAGACUAGAUGGGCCGAAUGGUUCUUAUCUGCCGUCACAUUCUAUGUUUCUAUGUUUAUAUUUUGUAGUUCACGGUUUGGCACAUUUUUGCUACCUUUUGGUUCAUUUGAAUUGUUUUUUUCCCGAAUUGUUUGCAUGAAUGAAAGUCAUCAUAUGGAGAAAUCUUGAACACUGAAACUAAAAAUAUUUCUAUACAAAUUGAUUUGGCCAAACCAAAAUUAUCAUCGUGCAUAAGUCAGAUCUAGAGGACUGAGUGGAGAUCCCACAAAAUUUAAUGAAAUGUAUUUCUCAGCUGAGUGCUCAUGCGGUUAGAAGAUAGAGGGUUUAAAAUGGAUGAUUUAUGGUUCAUAAUUAGAGAACUUCCAUCUUCCUCCCCAGGUGCCGCACACAGAGAAAACACAUGUAAAGUCUAAUAGGCAACAGCUUGAUACCAAUGAAAGGCAAAUUGACAGGUACUAGAACAAAGGAAGGAAGAAGUGUAGAUAGUAUUAUAUUAACAGAUGUUUGUCGUAAAAAUAAAAAAGGGAAAAUAUCAAAUGUUAUUUUCAAAUUGUUUCAUUACAAAUGCUACCUUUAAUUUGGGUAUGUGUUUUAUAUUGUUUUAGAUACUUAGUAUUCGUGCAGAGCAGGUCCUGUACUUUAUUGCUAGGAACUGACUGCUUGUAUGUAAUAAACAGCACAAAGAGACGUACUAGAGUGGAAGUCUUGUAUACUUUUGGAGAAAAGAAUGUGGUGCUUGAUUUAUUAUAGUAGAUACACUGUAGUUUAUUACAUUGCCAGUCACUGAAUUAUACAGCUGCCUACUAACUUUUUGAGUAUUCUACCAGCUAUGGAUACGUAUCGUGUUUCUGUACUGCUUCAUAGCAUGUUCCAAUUGUCUGCCUCUUCAUUUGUCUGCCUUUUACAAUGUAAUUCAUUGUCCAAUGGCAAUGGUAUUUUUGUUUGCUCCACGUUUAAUUUCAGGUGUUAAAUUUUCAGCUAGAAGAGUCCAUACUUAGUCCUUGGUUGGUAGACUGACGUAUAUAACCAUCUGGCUCUUUAGUGGUCAGUCAUAAUGUUGUUUUUAAAUAUCUGGAAUUAGAAAACGCACACUUCUUGUUUGCCAGGAGUUAGGACCGAUUAACAGACUUCUGAUCUUGGCAAUACUAUAUGUUCACUGAUUGUAUUCACACAAUGAAACCACUGUAAAUGAUAGGGAAAUCCUCUCUAGAUGUGUUUUUAGUAGCAUCCCUCCCUUCUGUGGUUUUCCAUCAGCCUGAGAUCCAGCUGACCAUGACAUCUGGGCUGGAGUCAGUCUUCAGUUAUUGGCAACAAAUUGUUCAUCUGCACAUGAACCUCUGUGCUGGACUUCUAUACAGGUGGCAGGUUGGAGUAAUAUACAAGUCCACUUAAAGCCUUCCUAGGCUAUUCUCUAAAGUGAGAAUUGUUCAAAUUGUUGGGAAUGCAAAGUGAAUUUCAAAUUUAAGGCCACAAUAGCCAAACUGUAAGCAUAUCUAAAUGUGAGAAUUUUUCCAUUUUGGCUUUUUUAAGCUCAAAUUUGGAAUUCGCGUUGAAUUCACUUUGAGAUCCCGACAAGUCUCACUUUAGUGAAUAACUCUUCUGGUCUUUGAACUGCAAGCUUUCUUUUCUCAUUGCUCUGUGGAAAUCUUAGGGAUGAAGUUUGAUUGUCACAUCACCAGUAUUAGCAAUAAUGUUGAAAUCCUUCAGAAGAGUGCGAUGGUAAAUAAAUACAAGAUUACAAGAGGGAGUGGCACCUGAAGACAUUCUCAGGUAUUGUAUGAAACAAGACCAAAAAAAAGUACAACAAAUAUAUGGUGUAGUAUGUAUGGCAGCAGGGCUGCCAUCAGAAGUUUUGGGGCCCCUGACACAGCUCAAGUUCUGGGCCCCCAGGUGCCUGCACCCGAGUGCCCCCCCCCCCCGAGUCCGCCCACAGGGAUGCAGUGUCGGCAGGGCCGGUGCAAGGAUUUUUGCCGCCCUAGGCAAAAGUUAAGUUUGCCGCCCCCAUGUGACAUCACAAUACCCCACCCAUAUGAUCUGCCAUGUUAACUAACACAGUGCUGCAGUGCCGCCAUUAAGCUGCAGUGGUUCUGGGGACUAUAGUGUCCCUUUGAUGUGAGGUAAAUUAGAGAUUAGUGCCACGAAUAAUAUACUAGAUUGCCUACUUACAACCAGAUGAGAAUGAUGAUGGGCGUCUGGCUCCACUGGUCUGGUGUAGAACAGGCUCUCUGGAGGCGGUUUGUAACUGUGGUCACAAAAAUCAAUGUUCUAGGAGAACGGGAAGCAGCUCCAUUUUUUUGAGGGCCCUUUACACAGCUCAAGGUCUGGGUCCCAGGGUCCACCUUCAUGUUCCACCAAUGAAGGGGUGUGUGUGUGUGUGGGGGAUGUCCUGAUGUGUGUAAGGAAUGCAUUGUGUGAAUCUGUGUUUGUAUGUGUAAGGGCUGCAAGGUGAGUUUGUGUAUGUAAGGGAUGCACUGAGUGUGUGUAAGGGGUGCAUUGUAUGUUGCUGUGUGUAAGGGAUGCAUUGCUUGUGUAUGUGUGUCUGUGUGUAAUGCAUUGUGUGUUUUUCUGUGUGCAAGGGGUGCAUUGUGUGUGUGUGUGUGUGUGUGUGAUGGAUAUCAAUCUCUCCCCCUACCCCCGUCAAUUUCCUUCUUCUCCCCCUCCCUCUCAUUUCCUUCUUCUCCCCCUCCCUCUCAUUUCCUUCUUCUCCCCCUCCCUCUCAUUUCCUUCCUCUCUCUCCCCUCCCUCUCAAUUUCCUUCCUCUCCCUCUUCCUUUCUCCCCCUCCCUCUCAUUUCCUUCCUCUCCCCCCCUUGAGAAGAGGCUGGCCCUGUGGGUACAUACCGGGGUCGCAGGGCCCCCUGCGACCCGGUAUGUACCCACUGAAUGUGGGGCCCGGACGACCUGAGCAGUCCGGGCCCCCCAGGACCGCCGGGCCCAUGACAACCGUUGCGGUUGUCAUGCCCUGAUGGCGGCCCUCUAUGGCAGUCUUGGUCUUUUCUCUAGUUCUCGAUCGCACUUCACAGCUUCCAGGGGGGAACGGCUUACCAAUGCUUGAGGUCGACAGCGUGAUCAUGCAUUUCGCCUGGGAUACGCUUCAUCAGACCUGGAUACACACUAUUUAAAUAGGGAGCACAAUUUCACAUUUCCCCGGUCAUGUGAUGUUAUAGUUAUGUGACCUAAUAUUAAUUAACAUAGUUAAAGUCGAUAUUAAGACCACAGGAGGACAAGAGUGUUUAGAUUAAAAACCCAUUUCAUUUCUUGUUUUCCUAAUAUUUUUGUAAUGUGGUCACCUCGCCAUGGAGGAGUAACUUUUUAAAUGCCUGGGAUUGUUGUUAUUUAUUUAUUUAUUACUGGCAUUUAUAAAGCUCCAACAUAUUCCACAGCGCUGUAGAAUUGUUGUGUAUUAUAAAAGGUUUAGAUACAGAACGAUCAAUUAAUAAUUAACUACAACCAUUGGAGGUAAACAAAAAUAUGGUUGGCAGAUUUGUUGCAAUUCAUAAAACUCAUGCUGGUUAAGCGAUCAAAGGCUGUAAUUAUUAGGCUUGUGCUUUAGUUUUCAGCCGAAUUGCAAUUUAUCUCAACUUACCCUGAUCGACAGGUUGUCUAAAUUCUGUACCUUGUAUAAACUGAACAAAUGACUCACGCAAUGGAUAGCAUAUUCGUUUGAAUCAUGAUCUGAAGUUCUGUUUGUGGUGCCAAAAAAGAGAUAUGAUGGGGAAAAAAAAUCGUUGGAAUAGCCACUAAAUGCUGAAUUAUAUGGUGAUCUUUUAAUAAUGUUAUAGCUUUCCCUCCACUUUUUUUGUGUUUGUGUUUAUUUGUGUCGUAUUACAAUUUAGUCAACAUUCUUUUUUUUCUUCUUGACUAAUGUCAUUACACAGUACAAGAUAUAUAGAUAGUGGUAGUAAAGUUAUUGAGGGGUAUGUUUUAUUGAGAGGUAUGUUUUAUCAUGGGGCAUUCCUCAGUAUGCCAAUACCUCUGACUACUCGACUGGGGAAGAGAGACAAAGAAUAUGGAUUUAAUAUGUUACAUACUCAUAUUCAGGUAAACUGUUACUAUACAUAUGUUAUUCAAGUGGUGUGCAAUGUAUUAUUAAUAUUACUAUAUUUAUACAUAAAUUCAAUUUUAAAAAAUGUCUUCAAGAGAAAACCAGGUCUUUUCCACAAAACAUUUCAUCAAAAGCAUUAAUUCUUUUUAUUUGUAUUACCAUUGCCAGUACCAAAGUAAGUUCACACGACUUCAGUAGCCUCUAGUUUAGCUGUGUAUCACUGAUGCCAUAUAUUACACGUUAUAAUCUAUAUCCUGCUAUGGAUACAUUUUUGAUAACUUCUGCAGAGGUAACUGCUCUGUCUCUUGAUGUGCCUGAUACUCUAGAACAGGCAUAGGCAACCUUUGGCACUCCAGAUGUUUUGGACUACACUCUCCAUAAUGCUUUGCCAGCUUUAUGAAUGUAAGAGCAUUAUGGGGGAUGUAGUCCACAACAUCUGGAGCGCCAAAGGUUGUCUAUCCAUGCUCUAGAAGCAGUGUUGAAUGUAGAAUUCCCAAAGAUUACGUUAUCAUUUGUGAAUGAACAUUUUAUUAUUAUUAUUAUUUUAUUAUUUAUAUAGCGCCAACAAAUUCCGUAGCGCUGUACAAUGGGUGGACUAACAGACACAUAAUUGAGAUCAGACCACUGGACGUACAGGACAGAGGGGGUUGAGGGCCCUGCUCGAUGAGCUUAUAUGCUAGAGGGAGUGGGAGUGGGGUAUGGAGACACAAAGGGUUAUGAAUUUUAUGAAUGUUCCUGCAUUUUAUAAAAGUUUAUUUUUAUUUUUUGCUCAGUAGAUUCCAAAUUAUUGUAUAUAAAUCACGUAUUGCUACAUGCAUACUGUUGAUACGAUUGUCUUACAUCCUGGACAUGAAGGAUUUAUUACUACAUUACACAAGUUAUCUCCCAUUAGGAAAUUUAAACCCCAUUUACUCCAUUACUACAAAUACCAUAGAAUUACAUCUGUAGUGAAAAAAAUAAUAUUGUCCUAGGAUUGUUGCAUGUCUGUGUCAGAGACCGGUGUAUAAUAAAGGGAGGAACAGAGACAACAUCUACCAAAAAGCAUUUUGUAAAACCUAUAAAGCAGUGAUGGUAUCCCUGCUCUAAGCAGACAAUUAGUGUGAACUCACACCCUUAUUCAAACAGCCUGCAUGCAUUAGCAGUUCUAUAAUACUGGAAAUAUAAAUGUCUAUACGUGUGUCUCACAUUGUGCACACAUGAUGUAAGUAACGUGUUUCAGCAAGCUUCUGUGUAGAAUAUUUUCUGGGUCAAAUGAAAUUGAGAAUUAAGGGCAAUAUUUCUCCCAAUCACUUUACUUUGGGCUCAUUUUAUUCAUUGUCCUCGUGUAUUUUUUCCAGUUUUUUUUCUAUCAUCCUUUCUUUCUUCUCCUAUUUUUCAUUUUUUCAUUAUGCCUUUUGGCUUUUUUUAAAUGCUUUUUAGGAACCUCCCAAACAUAGAAGUGCCUGAAACUUGAAUUAUUCUCUGUUCUGUUAUUCUCAGUUAACAAUUGCAUAUCAAAUGGCACAUGUCCAUGGCAUCUGUCCUCUGUUCUUGUUUCCCAAUAAACAAAAAUUGACAAACGGGUUACAAUCAUUUAUUGUUUAAAUCUCACAGUAUUACCACAUGUACAUAUCUCCAAUCAACUGCUUGUGAGCAGAUGUGGAUAUUUUUCAGUUCUCCAACAGAACAUCCAAAUGACGAGCAUUGAAAGUGUUAAUUGUUUCAAAGGCUUCUCUCUGAGAUCUCCAAAGAUAUAAUUAAGCAGAUCAGUGUGAAUAAGUUAUUUUUUCCUCUUUGUAUGACCCCCCUUGCUCAUAAACAGAUGGGAAAUACUUCUAGAACUGUGUCUUGAUGUUCGGACUUAUGCUUGGGAAGAAAUUCCUAUUCUCUGAUAUUUCAAAAGAGCUUGCCAAAUCCUCAUAAAUAAUCAAUUUAGAAAACCAAACAUGUAAAAGAGGAAAACUAAAUAAAUAUCAGUUAUAAUCUGCAGUUUACUCCUCGAACUGCAGUCAUAUCUGCUGAGAAAACAUGGUAGGCUGUAUUGUCAAGUGCAUCCUAUCCUUAACUCUUUAUGGUGAUACAAUUAAAGGGACAACAUAAGCACCAUCACCACUGCAGCUCAUUUAAAUACUUAUGGUGCUACGAAUCUUUGCGUGCAUUCAAUUAAUUUGUUUGUACAUUAUCUUUUACGUGAUUUGACAAAAACGGAGGCUCUCCUCAGCAGCCAUGUAUAAUGUGCAAGAAAAACCGUACCUGAUCCAUUGAAAGACAUCAAUAUGAUGACAAUAACAGGCUGAAAAUGCUUGGGCGGUGUAACGUAGACCAACUUUCUGAGUCUUAUACGCAACUAGCAAUGUAAUCUUUUAAAUAGACCUGCAGCAUAUUCCCCUUUUAUUUUAGUUUAUGUUGAGUUUGUUUACAAUACCAUUUUUUGCAACAAGUUGCUUUCGAAAAGCACAAUUUAUUCAUUACUAGCCUUCUUGAUUUUCCAGUUUACCAGCAUUUAAGACAAAGGUCAACAAUUCCUGCUUUCUUAAAGGGACACUAAGCAACAACAAAAAAAAACACUACUUGUUAACUUAGUGGUUUUAGAAAAUUGAUGCUGUGUCUUUAUUUGGACAAUGCAAAAAUUUCUGGGACAAAAACACAACUCUAGUGGCUGCCAGACUGACAAAAACUAGAGAGGCUUCCUCCCAAAACCUUAAAAUUCUGGUAGAGCGUGCAUGUUGCUAAAAACAUGCCCUGUGUCCUCAGUGCUUCUGUAAGAAACAAUAGCCAUUAGGAAUUGAUAACUUCAUUGGAGGAGAUGAAGUAGGGAGAGACCUGGAAUAAAGGUAAGCUUUACAUAUUUUUUUUGACUUUUUUUUAUAAUAAGGGGUUAACAGUAAGCUAAACGAAAGAAGUAAUACUCUACUGUUAAACAUGAAAGUAUUUAUUUUUAGUAUUAGAGUUUUCCUCUACUAUGAUCUAAACAAUCAUGCCCCAGAUCUAAUGUUAAGCUAACACCAGAGCCAGAUUAUGUACUUGGUGAUUUAGGAAUUCCCCUAUCUGUUUUUUUUUACAGAAGUAAAAUCAUGGCUUUCACAGAUAAGUUUACAAUAUACUUAUCUAAUAAGACUUUAUGUAUAGUCUCAUGAGGUAUAGCAUUUAAAUAAACACCUUACAAUGAAAUUUUUUUGUUUUUUUCUCAUUUUCUUGCAUGUUAGUAGAUAUCUUCAAUGAAAACAUGUAUGCAUUUAAUGAUUUAUGUUUGUUAAUUGAGAGUAUAUAUAAAAAAAGCUGCAGAUCUUUUUCAUGUAGCCUUUGCAAGCCCUCCCCUUCUAACUCCGCCAAGACUUUUUGUGGCUGACCAAUCACAGACUUCCCAAUGCAGCUCAAGUCUUUGCAAGGCAGGCGCACUGGGUAAUUGCUGCCUCUUGAGUUUAAGCAACCAGGAAGUAACAGGACUGAUUGACAGAUUGACAGCCAUGGGGGUGUAACAUGAAUAAUUUUUAAAAUGGAUAAUUUAUAUUGAAAUCUGCAUUUUCUUUGUAAAAUGAAAACAAGAGGACACACUCAUCACAUGUAAAGCACUUCAGCAAGCUAAAGUGCUUUAGGUGUUUGGAGUGUCCCUAUGCCAGUAAAAAUGAAUUUUUAACAUUUUUUUUAAAACCUUGACUUCUUUAGUGAAUAAAAAUGUUGUGGAAACUUGUAUGUCUACCUAUGGUUCAAUCGCACCUUGGUCAGUGCCUUUACUAAAUAGAGUUGUAACAAAUUUGCGCAAGUUAGCAAAUAGCAUUUUGGUGUAACUUUACUGAGAAACCAGUUUAAACAGCUUUAAACUGCAGUAAAUCGGUACCCUCAUUACGUUGACAAAUGUUUUACAGCUUCCUGGUACAUAUAGGGUAAAAUGUAAAAAAAACAAAAAAAAACCAAUCAAUCAGCAUACUCUUGUUUUAUUAACAAAUAUUUAUAUUUUAGAUGAUAUUUUUGGUAAGAAAAGUUGUUUGGAUUGUUUUGACAACAUAUUUUUCAUUGGGUAGUGAUACACAUUCCUCUAACAAAUGAUCCAAUGCAGAAAAUGUCACAAACAUAUUUUGGGUUACAAAUUUUUGUAUUUUCCCAUUACUCUCUUACAUUAUAAGGAAUGCUUCUCAAAUGAACCCAGUGUAAAAUAGUUCUCGCAGCCAAAUAAAGAAUUAGGGUCAUUUUUGGGGGGGGUUAAGAAAAACAAAGUAUUAUUCUAUUUGUAUUCUUUAGCCAAGAAUGCCACAUAUAGAUAGAUAUUCAGAGGAAAAUCACAGAUAAUCAAUAAAUAUAUUUAUCACAACUUGUAAUAUUAAUGUUCCAUGUUUUCCUAUUCAUUGUAUAUUUGAGAAAAUUUACAUGUCAUAAUAAUAAGACUGCCGUACUGAAGAUUUCUCAUUGCUAUUCUUUCUUAUCUUUUCCGUACUUGUUUUAUUCUUGCACUAGUUAUAAACUUACCUUUUCUCUACUUGCAAUACACUAGUUUUUGGCUAAUGUUUACCACAACAAAAAUUCACUUAACCAGGAAUUGUGAAGAACUCAAAAAGGAAAUGGAAAUUUUGGACAAGCACUACUUUUAAUAUACUCUAAAAAGAUAUAGCACAAAAAGUAGGCAGCAUUUAUAAUAUUAGAACAAAUUUUGCCCACGCCAGCGGAUUAAAUAGAAGCAAUGUGGAUUUCACCUUUCACGUAUGGCACAAUCCAGGGGAUGUUAACUCAAAGUUGGUCUGGCUAAUGAAAAAGGCCUCUCUCCUGCUUCCAUUAGCUUCCCUUAACUAGUCAGCUGAUCACUUUCAGCUAUUGAGCUAUGCCCUGCACUUAGGACCAGCCUUAGGUCUUUAGGCGCCCUGUGCGAAACAUUUUCACAGCUCCCCUCCCUGGUCACACCCACUCAUCCAUGUAUUGUGUAUGUAUAAGGAUGUUGUGUUUGUAUAGGGUCAUUUAAUUCAGAUUUAAAAAAAAAAAUGCAUGUAGGCCCAUUUGGGAAUGCUAGUGUGUUUUUUUGCAGUGUCUCAUGCACACAGUCCCACAGUCAGACGCACAAUCAAAUGCACACAAUUAUACAUAUAUACUGUCAAAUAUAGCCACAUGUACAUAGUCCCAGGCGCAUAGCCACUCGUUACAGUCUUUAAGUUGCAUGCAUACAGGCAAACACAGUCACAAGCAGAAAGUAAGAGGCAGUCACACACACACACAGUUACAGGCAGACAGUCACAUACACAGUCAGUCAUACACACAGUUACAGGCAGUUAAUCACACAGUUAAAGGCAGACAGUCACACACACACACAAACAAAGCUACAGGCAGUCACAGGCAGACAGUCACACACACACACACACACACACACACACAGUCAAGGCAAAUAAUCACAUGCAGUAACAGGCAGAAAGUCACAUACAUAGUCACACACACACCUUCACAGACAGACAGUCACAUGCACACAGUUACAGACAUUCACACACGCACACACUUACAAGCAGACAGUCCCAUACACAGUGAAGGCAGAAAGACACACAGUUACAAGCAGACAUUCCCAUACUCAGUGAAGGCAGACAGUCACACACACACACACACACACUUACAGGCAGUCACAUACACAGUUACUGGCAGACAACCACACACAAUGUCACAAACAGACUGUCAUGUGUACACAGUUACAGACAGUCACACACACAGUUACAGACAGUCACACACACAGUUACAGGCAGACAGUCUCACACACACACACACAGUUACAGGUAGUCAUUUACACAGACACACACACACAUAAUUACAAGCAGUCACAUACACAGUGGCCGGGACAGGCAGACAGUCGCACACAGGAACAGAUAGUCACACAAAGUUACAGACAGUCAGUCACAUACACACACACACUUACAGACAGAUAGUCAGUCACAUACACUUACAGACAGACAGUCAGUCACACACAGUUACAGACACACACAGUUUCAGGCAGACAGUCACAAACACACUUACUGGCAGACAGUUACACAAGCUGUCACAGACAGACUGUCAUAUGCGCACAGCUACAGACAGUCACAAACACACACAGUUACAGGCAGAGAGUUACAUACACACUCAAAGACAGUCACACACAGUUACAGACAGUCACACACACAUACAUAGUCACACACAUACAGUUACAAGCAGUCACACACAGUUACAGGCAGACAGUCACACACAGUUACAGACACACACACACACACACACAGUUACAGAUAGUCACACACAAUCACACACACAAAGUUACAGGCAGACAGUCACACACACUUCCCCCUCAGUGUGCAGUAUAACCGGGCAGCUGGUAGAGCAUUUUGUGUGGAGAAGGUUGCUUCCUGGUUCAUCUAAUGCUUUGAUGGAGGCUCACACUUAACUCUCAUACCUAGUCAUAUUUUAUGUCUCACAGUGCUUUCUGCAGAGCAACUGGUCAUAUUUGCACAAAUUGAUGAUUAUUUGUGAGGGUUACUAUUGUAGCAUUUCUCUCUCCGUUUGCUACACUGCCUAUUUUGAUAGUCCCGAUAGUUACAAUUGCUAUGGCAUAGGCCUCAAUUUUAUAUUUUUCUAUAUUUCUUUUCAUCCAAUUUUAUAUUUUUAGAAUAUUAUUUAAAAUAGUUUUUGUCAAACUAUUCAAAUAUAAAAAUAUAUCACAUAUAAAAUCAUAUUUAUUAUAAAAUAGCAAAACAUUAAACCAUUAUUUUAAAAUAGUAAACGAUUUGAAAAGUUUAUCCAAAAAUAUUAAAUCACUUGAAAAGCAAAUUUAAAAAUAUUAAAAUGAGGCCACAGUUUACUAUUUAGGUCAUAAACAAAAAAUCAAAACAUUUACAUUAUUGUUGUUUUGUAUCUCAUUAUCUUGAAUGUACUUAUAUUUGAGACUUCCUCACUACAAAGAGCUUUUACAAAUGAAUUGCAAACAUUGAAGUGAAACCCAUAAUGUAUUUGCUAGAAUUACAAGUUCCACAGGAAGAGGCCUUGACUACACAAUUAUUCAGAGUCCGUAGAAUGUCCAUAGACUGUUGAUGACUUUGGCUCCUCAGAGCUUCCACAACUACAAAUCUAUAUUACAUGAUGCUAAUCAACUUUGCCAUAGUUAUUUGGAAGUCAUCAGAAAGUGGCAACCAGCUUUCCUCAUAGGAAAUGAUAUAUUUAUUCAUUGUCACACCAAAGAAACUUUUACAUAAACAGUAAAUAGUUCGGUCUCCUUGGUCAAACACAAGUUCCAUUUUUGAUAAUGCGCAUUUCUUUUCAUUGAGCCCUUGGCUAGACAUCACUACUCUUAUAAACGCCUUCCUAUCUGAAAAGGCUUAAGAGUCCAGCAUUUAGGCUGAUGUUUCAUUCAACUGAUGGCUUAAGUUAAGCACCGAGCAAUAAUAUACCAUCAUUGAUCUUCAGCUUGGGUUGCUGAAAGCCUCUUUGUAUUAAUGGCAUGAAUCAGACAGUAUAUUUUAGCAGUUGAACUGUGACACCAAGGAAGGAUUGCUGUGUGCCAGUGGAUCGCGUUUAAUAGCACGAGGUUAGCUGUCAUAAUCACUUAAUUUGAUUUUGAACAUUACUCCUGGAAAACAAGCUUGUUUUCUAGAUGCUGUGAAUAUUAACAAACUAGAUUUUGGUGGUUCCUUUCACAUUCAGAAAUACUGAAGAAUCCAUUGGAUGGUGAUUUAGAAUAAAUAAAUAUAAUUUUAUUUAUCUACUUCUUGUUUUGUUUGCUUGUUUAUUUAUUUUUUUAGAUUUAGUAUGGAGAAAACAUUUUAUUUAAGAAAUAUACAAAAUGAUUCCCAAAAGGAAUGCAAGUGAUUUUGUCUAUAAUCUAAGGAUCAUUAUCGAGAUCAGGUAGAAUAGAUCUAUUCAUAUAAGUUUAUUACAUUUUUCAUAUGGGAAACUUUAUUAAAAUAGUGAGUGAUCACCGUGAGUUAUCCAUGAGGUGGUUUAGGCAGAUUAUUUCAGUAAAAUAUGUUAACUCUGUUCCUGCGUAUCCAAAUCAUCUGGUUAGAAAUACGUGUCUGUUUGCCCACCUAUUGUACAGCGCUGUGGAAUUUGUUGGUGCUUUAUAAAUAAUAAUAAUGAUUAAAGGAAUCCAAUAUUUUUUUUGAAACAAAAAUAGCUGGUUUAAAAAAAACACACAAAAUAAAAAGUAGGGCUUUUCAUAAAAUUAAUAAAUGGGAAUGCAGAAGGAGACCAUGUGGGACAGAAAUAUAUAUAAAUAGGUGAGAGUCUUGGAUAUGUGUAAAAGGGCCAUGGGACAAUAGGAAAUGAAUGGAUCUUCCAAGAUCAAUCCUGGGUUAAGAAUUCUUCACCUUGAUUUCAGAUGAAUAAAAUUUAUUUUAACCAAUUGCUUUCAACAUUUGUUUAUUUUGUAGAAAUGAUUUCCAGUCAGAAAGGCCCUGA